CUUGGGAAGUCAUAUUCUUGCUCAUCAUCAACAUUAACAUUAACUUCUUUUGUGUUUGACCUUCUUCACUUCUUCAUAUCUACAACGAAAGUAUCAUACUCAUCAAACCGCGACCCAAAUAUUCAAAAAUCAUUCCACAACCACACCAUAAUAUAAAAAGUCGCAACCGCAAUCGCAAAAAUGCAUUUUCUCCUCCUAGGUGCAUCUGGCAGAACAGGAAGUCUUGUCCUCGCCGAAGCUCUCUCAAAAAGUACGUUUCCACUACCACAAUCCCUCAACAUCUCUAUCCUAAGCCCAAGCGCCCCACAUACACACAUACAUAAAUUCACAAUGAUCCCCAAACAAAACCGACUCGCUAACCCUUAUUCACAACCACAGACCACACCGUCACAGCGCUCGCACGCAAUCCCUCCUCCAUCCCCGCAACCCCAGGCCUUACCAUCGUAAAAGGCACACCAUCAUCCUCAGACGAUCUGGCCACUGCUUUUACCAGCGGUCCCAAAAUCGACGCUGUGCUCGUUACGCUCUCAUCGAGCCGCGCAUCAGAUAGUCCCUUCGCAGCCUCAACCUCCCCUCCAAAUUUCCUCCAAAAAACCAUUUCUACCGUCACCGAAUCGAUGCUCGCACAUGGCGUUAGAAAAAUCAUCUAUAUGUCUGCAUUUGGAGUUGGUUCUUCGAAUGGUGCGCUCUGGUUUCCAAUGCGUAUGUUGAUUAAUAAUUCGACGAUGGGGAAAGUAGGGUUUCAGGAUCAUGCUGCGGCGGAAGAGGUACUCAGGCAGUCGGGGUUGGAGUAUGGGGUUGUGAGGAGCGCGAUGUUGAAGGAGGGGGGGAAGAAGAAGAUUGUGGAGCAUGGGGCUGAUGGGAAGGGAAUGGGUCAUUUGCCGGGUUGUACGAGGGAGAGUGUAGCCGGGUAUAUGGUUGAGAUGGCGGAGAGGAAGAAUUGGGAGAAUAAGGUUGUGGUUAUUUGUAAUUAGGCUUUUAAGGGGGUUUGAAUGAUUGUGGGACUAAUGGAUGGAAAAUGUGAGUUGAGGUGAGAUUUCAGGAGGCAUGGGGGCUUUUAGAUGGGCUAGACGGUUGUGCUUUUGCUUUAUUGCUCAGGUAAAGAUAUCCAUUGUUCUAUGUUCUAAUAAUCUAUCGUUGCUUUAUUUAUACAUUAUCCAAAGCACUUUCACA